CGCUGUCGGAGAUGUCUCCUUAAAACUAGCUGCCUAGCUAAACAUUUUAUGUGUUCCUAUAUAAAACUUUGCUUCGGAGCUAAAAAGAAAACACAUUCAUCUCUCAGGCUGAAGGUUUCCGGCUAAAAUGCCGUGACAUUAGUGAGCGAGCUCAGCCUUUUACGUUUUCACGCCACUUUAAAAGAAGAGAAUCACUGCAGGAAAUUGGCUCGCUAGCCUCUGUAGCCUGACAACCGAGGAGGAUUAUGAGGCUCAAGCUUCCGUUUUUAUGCUCAUUUUUAGUCAUUGUGUAGAAAUGGACACCGAGCCGAUAGUAAUCCGUAUAAAGACUCCUCUGGGGGACAUGGACUCAUCUGUGGACUAUCCGUCUGUGCUGAACUUCAAUGAUCUGCUGGUCGCAAUCAGAGACGUGAUGCCUGAAGCCACUGUCACGGCCUUUGAAUAUGAAGAUGAGGUGGGAGACCGAAUUACUGUAAGAAGUGACGAAGAACUUAAAGCUAUGUUGUCAUAUUACUGCAACACAAUGAAUGAACAGCGCAUGAACGGACUGAUGCCAGACCCUCUACAGAUUUUUCCAAGAGCCGGCAAGACUCCAGGGAUCCGGAACAUACAUGGCCUGAAGGUUAAUACGAGGCCUAACCCAGCCAACGACUGUACUCAGGUUGUCCCCGACCCCUUAGCCAACAACAGUUUAAAGAAAUCAUCUGCAGAGCUGAAGACGAUCUUGACGAAUGGGCAGAUAAAUGCCCAAGAAAUAUACUAUCAGGAGCAACUUGGCCAUGGAAACGGAGGCACAGUUUAUAAAGCGUACCAUGUUCUCAGCAAGCGGGUUUUAGCUGUCAAGGUAAUUCCUCUGGAUAUCACAGUGGAAUUACAGAAGCAAAUCAUGUCAGAACUGGAAAUUCUCUACAAGUGUGAUUCAUCCUACAUCAUCACUUUCUUCAGUGCCUUCUUUGUAGAGAACAGGAUCUCCAUAUGUACAGAAUUUAUGGACGGCGGAUCUUUGGAUGUCUACAAAAGAAUCCCAGAACACGUUCUGGGAAGGAUCGCUGUGGCAGUUGUAAACGGCCUGACAUAUUUGUGGAGCUUGAAGAUACUUCACAGAGAUGUCAAGCCUUCCAAUAUGCUGGUGAACACCCGAGGACAAGUCAAGCUGUGUGACUUUGGUGUCAGCACACAGCUGGUAAAUUCUAUUGCAAAAACGUAUGUGGGAACCAACGCAUACAUGGCACCUGAAAGGAUAUCAGGAGAGCAGUAUGGGAUCCAUGCUGAUGUCUGGAGUGUGGGCAUCUCGUUUAUGGAGUUGGGGCUUGGCAUGUUCCCGUAUCCUCAGAUUCAGAAAAACCAAGGAUCUCUAAUGCCUCUCCAGUUACUGCAAUGCAUCGUUGAUGAGGACCCUCCUGUGCUUCCUGUUGGACAUUUCAGUGAAAAGUUUGUUCACUUCAUCACUCAGUGUAUGCGGAAGAACCCCAAGGAGAGACCUACACCUAAUAACCUCUUGGAUCAUUCCUUUAUAAUCCAAUACAACGAUGGGAAUGCUGAGGUCGUGUCCAUGUGGGUUUGUCGCUGUCUGGAGGAGAGACGAUCUCAGCUGGCUCAGUGAUACAUCUGAUGUCCUUCAGCCGUCCACAUAUAACACACCAGGACCUUUGACACCGAGUCUUGGUUACUUACAAGAGCUGUCCACAUGCACUGGGUAAAAUGUUGUUACAUACUAUAUUCGAGAAUCUGUUUAUUUAAAAAAAAAAAAAAACACUUGUGUGACAUGACACGGAGGAGCUUACUUCCUGCGACAGCGUCCAGACUUUGUACAGUCCAACCUUUGCCAUCUCUGGCUUACAUCUUGUGUAGCAGAUGCUCUGCCAUGUUUAUUUUUUAAUUUAAUUUUUCUGGAGAAUCCAGAAAUCCUGAGAACUGACUCGAAGGAUCAGUGUCGGUUAAACAACUUCACAAAGGACUGCAAAUGGCUGGCAGAGUCUCACUUUGCUGAGCACAGCCUGCAAGUGAAUGUCAAGGUUUCCUCCUGUGAGUAACUGCCCAUCUUCUGUGCCUGUUUUUCCUGUGCUGUCAUUUAUUACCUCAGCAACUUUUAAGUUGUCAUUUGAUUGAGCAACGUUUGCCAAAAAAUGCUCCUAUUUGUGCUUCUGUAUCAAACAAAUGUUUCCAUUUAAAACCAAUGUUUGUGGAAAAACUUGACCAGUUCUGUAAGGUGACAUUUUGUCAUCAGCUGGUCUAAAACACACACUGAUCAGUGCAGAUCACACUCAGAGGUGUGUGUGCAGCAUAUUUGUUUCUGUUUGAUUCUUAAUCAAACUCUGCAAGCUCACUGACUCUCCACGAACUAGGAGGAGGGUCUUUACUGGAUCUGAGUCCAGUUCUGUGAGGAUCUGCAUGGCUUUUUGAGGAGACGUAAGGAUGUUUACUUUGCCUGCACAUUUCUCACUCAUCACAGAGACACCUUUUUCAAUUUGCAUUCAUGGCACUGGGGUCCAUCUUCUUCUGGCUUUCAUGUUGGCUUUUAUUUACUUGAAUUGUCUGUGAAAUCAAAAAAAAACUGCUCUUCACAACUGGAGCUGGACUUUAUUGAAGUUUAAGCUUGUUUAA